CCUCUGUUUUUUAUUUGUUUCCAAAAUGUUCAGGCAGAAAAGCUUGCGACAAAAGCUGAAUAGUUCGAAGACAGGGGCGAGAGAGGCCAGCGAAGCCGAAAGCGAAGGGUAGCAGCGGAGGGGGGAGAGAGAGAGAGAGAGAGAGAGAGAGAGAGAGAGAGAGAGAGAGAGAGAGAGAGAGAGAGAGAUGGCGGACGCCUUGAGGAUGUGUUCGCCUGCAAUGGGGACGUAUCAUCCGUGGUCUCGACUAUCUGCCUCUCAUAGCACAAGAAAGGAGGAAGCGACGAGCUCGACGGCGAGCGUCUUCAGCUGGGUGAAGGGCAGACCUUGCCCGUCACGGCAACAGACCCGUCCUGCUUCUGCGUGCUGCCACGUGUCAAAAUGUAUGCAAGAAAGUGGGCGAAUGGGCGCAGAACGCCUUAUUCAUUGCUCACUGGCACAUCGGGCUGCUAAACGCGAGCCCGGGGGAUCGCAGACUCCGAGGCGAUCAGGAGGCACAGGUGCUGGCGUGCUUAUGGGAACCAGAGAUGACGUCAACAGAGUUGUCUUCGUGGGUGCACGUGGAAGAGGACGUUUUGGCGCCAAAUCGGAGAACUCGAAGAGGAAUCGCCACGUGGCACAUGCUAUGACCGAGAAACGCGCGGGUGGGACACUCACUGCUGUUAUUUUGCCGCAAGCUAGCGCCAGCAGUCCAACGGCCUCGGAGCAUCAUGAUGACGUCAACAAGGUUAAGAAGCUAUCUUCGUCAUCUGGCAAAGCUUGCUCGUCUGCUACUCCUCUUAGUCCUCCUCCUCCUCCCCCUCCUCCUCCUCCAUCCCCUGGAAGUAAUGUGGAUUCGGCUAUGGGGAAGCCGGCAUCGGGCAAAAAGGGUCCAUCUGACUCUCCCUCCCUCUCCCUCUUCACCACCGGGUUAGGGAGCGACGCCUUAGACUUGGACGUCGUGCUCCGCGACAACGGCCUCGUAAGCACACGCAGGACGAAGCUGAUUUGCACGAUAGGCCCUCCGACGUGCUCCACCGAGCAGCUGGAGGCGCUGGCAGUGUGCGGCAUGAAUGUCGCACGGUUGAACAUGUGCCACAACACGCACGAGUGUCAUGGUCUGGUCAUUGACCGCGUGAGAGAGCUCAACAGGAAGAACGGCUAUGGCGUGGCUGUGAUGAUGGAUACGAAGGGGAGCGAAAUCCAUAUGGGCGACUUGCGGGAGCCGUCGAUCAAGACCAUGAUUGGCGAUGUGUGGACCUUCACUGUGCGGCAGAUCAACGGUCCCCCACCGCCGCCCAACACCGUGAUGGUCAAUUACGACGGUUUUGUGGAUGACGUUCUGGUUGGUGACGGUAUCGUCGUCGACGGCGGCAUGUCUCGCUUCGAGGUAGUUCGAAAGAACGGUCCAGAUGUGAUCGCCACAUGCACGGACUCAGGUCUCCUGCUGCCACGUGGCAAUCUUACCUUCUGGCGCAACGGUGAGCUAGUCAGGGGUACGAACGCUGUGCUUCCCACCCUUACUUCAAAGGACUGGAAAGACAUAGAUUUCGGCAUUUGCAAGGGCGUAGAUGUCAUUUCGAUCUCCUUCGUCAGAUCGGCGGAGGUGAUUGCUAAUGUCAAGAGCUAUAUUCAAUCCAAAUCCUCUCAAAGACCGAUCGCUGUAUUUGCCAAGAUCGAGAGCAUCGAUAGUUUGCCUUGUCUAGAGGACAUAAUCAGGGCUGCAGAUGGGGUGAUGGUGGAAAGAAGGGAUCUUGGGGCUCAAAUUGCGCUCGAGCAGGUCCCUGGAGUCCAGCAACAAGUGAUUAAUCUGUGCCGUCAACUAAAUAAGCCGGUGAUCGUCGCCUCUCAGCUCCUUGAGUCAAUGAUGCAGUACCCUGCACCUACGCGAGCAGAGGUGGCAGACAUAAGCGAGGCUGUUCGACAGCGUGCGGAUGCGUUAAUGCUCAGCGGUGAGUCUGCGAUCGGUAGCUUUCCAAUCAAGGCUGUGAAGGUUCUAGAAGCUGUAGCAAGGAGGACGGAGGAGGCCUACAUGAAGGGCAAGGACGACGAGAACCGGGGUCUCCAUCACAUGAGAAGAAUGGCCAAUUUGCCUUGCGACCAGAUCAGCGAGGAGGUGUGUAUGGGAGCUACAGAGAUCGCUAAUCGUCUGGAGGUUCAGGCCGUCGUCGUGUGGACCAAGACGGGGUACAUUGCAUCCUUGCUGUCUCGUUGUCGUCCAAACUGUCCGGUCUUUGUCUUCACAGACAGUCAGAUUGUCAGACAGCGACUGAAUCUUCAUUGGGGUCUGAGUCCAUUCCGUCUUCAGCUCUCGGAGGACAUGGAGAUGAACGUGAAGAGAGCCUUCGCCCUGCUGCAGAAGAGAGGAUUCAUGAAGAAAGGGGAGAUGGUGGUCAUGGUGUCGGACCUCUGUCAGCAGGGGCAGAAAGAAAUCCUCCAGUCUGUGCAGAUCAGAAGAGUGUCGUGAAAGAUGGUGUCAUGGUGGUGUCGAAUCACGGCCUGCAAGGGCUGGAAGUGUUAUAAACCCCCCACCCCCUUUGGCGAAACCUUUGUAUUUAGGGAAAUUUGCGAUAUGCCCCUGAAGUUUGUUCGAUUUAUUUGCGGUGUGCCCCUCUGAUGGCCAACUUAGCCUGUCGUACCCUUCUGACAGCAAUGGAAGUUUCCGCAAAACCCCUGGCGCCGUAUGGGCCUGAAAUAUGUUUGAAUAUGCCCCUGCUGGUACCAAUGCCAAAUUUCCAGU